GGAGUUUGUCUCUGUCAGAGGCUUGUUGUUGGGGCUUUUGCUAGGACUCAUCGAAGUGUGUGUGUGUGUGUGUGUUUAUGUAUCUGAUUGUGUAUCUGUAUCUGUUUACAGGAGACUGAACACCCUCAACAAGUGUGCCCUGAUGAGACUGGAGAUCUCCCCACAGAGAAAGAGAAGUGAGGAUUCAGACGAGGAAGAGCCAUGCGCCAUCAGUGGCCUUUGGACCUUCCAGCGGGACAGCAAGCGCUGGUCUCGCCUGGAGGAGCUGGAUGUCUUCUUCCUCCCGGGUGGAAACCAGCCGCCCUUCCCCCAGGUCCAGAGACCCUCGGCCGGUCAGGGGCAGCUCCGCGAGGGCCUGAGCUCGGAGAGUGUGCUGACGGAUCUCAGCGAGCAGCCUGAGGUGGCCUCGCUUCACAGCUGCGGGAGUGUGGGAGAGGGAGGGAUAGUCGAUGGUGCCACAUCUAGCGAUGCCACGCCAGCGGCGGGCGCCACCCGCGCCAACUCGAUGGCCAGCAUGUGCUCCUCCUCGGGCACGGGCGGGUCAUGCGGCGCCACCGAGGACUCGCUGUCUGACGGGCAUCCGCACUCACCACUGGAGACGACCCAAGGUCACUUCUCCUUCGACGGCAAGCCCAGUGGAAUUGUGGGAACAGGAGGGAUAGAAGGAGGAGGGAGCGAGACUAGAGGAGGGAAGAGCACGCGCUCACGGGCCAAGAGUUUCCUCAAGCGCAUGGAGAGCAUCAGACUGAGGAGCGCCACUUCCAAUAGCAAGAAGAAGAACGGAGGCGGGGGAAGACCUUCCAAACUGGAGAUCAGCGGGCCGGUCAUCAAAGAAGGACUAGACGACGACAAGCUACGGCGCCUCAAUUGCGUUGACAUCUCCACCCUCAACCCGACCCAAACCAUGACCCUGAACUGUAACAGGAGCGUAUCCUACUCCACGCAGACCAGCAGUGGCAGCAUGGGGAGCUCCGGAAGCACGGGCAGUAGCCAAUCAGAAGCAAGCAGCGGAAGCACCGUUAGCACCCCGAGCCCGGUGACACGAACCCGAAGCCACAGCACCGCGGUGGGAGCCAGUAAGAGAGGUGGGAUGUACCUGGAAGGUUUUGACCCGUUAAGCGUGUUCCUACAGCCGCCUGGAGAACAACAACCCCCAGGUUCAACCCAACCCAAAACCAGACAGAAACCACCUCAGCAACAGCCUAGUAACUGGAUAGUGGCUGAGCAAAACCAAAGCAAGCGUGGUCGCCUCAACGGAGAGAGGGAGGAGGAAGAGGAGGAAGAAGGCGUGAUUUUCUUCUACCUUCCCGAAGGCCACAAACCGGGCACAUUCCCCAAAGCGCUCAGCGACGGCAAACAACCACCGCAAAGUGGAAAUGCCGAUCCGCGCUAUCUCGGUAGUCGAUGCCAAACGCGUUGCGGCUCCACCGGCUCAGCGGACAGCCGCCUGAGUUUCUACGACAACGUGCCCAACGUGGCCUAUCAAGGUGAGGAAGACGAUGAAGUCAAUGAAGAAGGGGAGGGGCCAAAGUUGGAGGAUGUGCUGGAAUGUGUCAACGGCCUGCAGCGAUUCGUCAACGCCUGGACGGACAGGGUGGCAGCCGGAGAAGAGGAUGACGAAGAGGAAGAAGAUGAGGGGGAUUCGGAUUCGGCAUUGGAUUCAGCGUCUCCUUGUCCGUCCUCACCUUUGCAGAACCGGCUGGAGGAGACGGACAACGGGAGCGACCAGGACAGCACGGGUAACCCUCUGGGAGAAGGAGAGAGGGAAGAAGGAGAGGGGGAAGAAGGAGAGGGGGAAGAAGCCAUGAGGGAGAGGAGGGACUCCGGAGUGGGAGCCUCUCUCACCAGAUCUAACAGGCCUCAGAAACUGCGCUGGCCCAGUUUCCAGGCCUCCCACCGGCCCAGUCACUCCUGGGCCCAGCGGCAGAUGGGCUGCCAGUCAGUACUGCAGAUGAACCUGCUCCAGAAGCUCUGCCUGCUCCAGCUAACAGCCCUCCUGGAGAAACACACCCCCACCAACAAACACGGCUUCAGCUGGGCUGUGCCGAAGUUUAUGAAGCGGAUCAAGGUGCGGGACUACAAAGACCGAAAUGUGUUUGGAGUGCCUCUGCUGCUGAACGUCCAGCGUACGGGUCAGCCCCUGCCUCAGAGCAUUCAACAGGCCAUGCGCUAUCUACGCAGCCAAUGUCUGGACCAGGUGGGUCUCUUCAGGAAGUCGGGGGUUAAAUCACGUAUUCAGGCGCUCCGUCAGAUGAACGAAACAUGCGGUGCCGACGGAGGUGGAGUCAGUUACGAGGGCCAAUCAGCUUACGACGUGGCCGACAUGCUGAAGCAGUAUUUCCGGGACCUUCCAGAGCCGCUACUCACCAGCAAACUGUCUGAGACCUUCCUGCAGAUCUAUCAAUACAUGCCCAAGGAGCUGCGUCUUCAGGCUACGCGAGCGGCCGUGCUGCUGCUGCCAGACGAGAGCCGCGAGGCGCUGCAGACCCUCCUGUGCCUGCUGAGUGACGUCACCGCCGCCGUGGCAGAGAACCAGAUGACCUGCGCCAACCUGGCCGUCUGCCUGGCGCCUUCGCUCUUCCACCUUAACACGCUGAGACGCAAGGAGAGCUCCUCGCCACGGGGGAUGAACAGGAAGCAGCCGCUGGGUAAACCUGACCAGAGGGACCUCAACGAGAACCUGGCCGCCACCACCGGCCUGGCACACAUGAUCCAGGAGUGCAGGAAGCUCUUCAGGAUCCCAGAAGAGAUGAGUCGCUGCAGAAACUCAUACCAGGAGCAGGCCCUGACCCCCCUGAGGCUGGAGGAGCUAGGGGCUUCCUCUGGGGGGGGGGGACCCAUGGGAUGCAGGACCUACCUCCAGGACAGCCUGGACGCCCUUCUCAAAGAGGCCAAGGACAAGUUCAAAGGUUAUGACAGCUGCUCCACGCCUGAACUCGCCGAGCUGGCGUACAAGAAGGUCCACGAUGGCUCACCGCUGCGCCUGUGGAAGGCGUCCGUGGAGGUGCCUGCGGGUCCUGAGGAGGUGUUGACGCGGGUCCUCCGGGAGCAGGGCCGCUGGGACGAGGACCUGAUGGAGAGCCGUGUGGUGGAGACGCUAGGCGAUCGCACUGAGGUGUACCAGUACACCAGGAACACCAUGGCCCCCCACCCCACCAGAGACCACCUCGUGCUCAGGACGUGGGUGACAGACCUACCUAAGGGAGCGUGUGCGUUGGUGUGUACCUCAGUGGACCAUGACGGGGCAGCGUUACUGGGCGUGCGGGCCAAUGUGCUCACCUCACGCUACUUCAUCGAGCCAUGCAGCAGCAACAAGUCUCGCCUCACACACAUCUCCAGGGUCGACUGCAGGGGUCGGUUCCCAGAGUGGUACAAUAAACUGUAUGGACACCUGUGUGCCAGUGAGGUGGUGCGGAUACGCCAGUCCUUCACCACCCAGAUGGAUAAGUGAGGGCCAGGCAGCUCCACUUGACUUGGAGACCAAAGUCACAAGAAGGGGCGACACCCUGGAACCAGAAAGAGUCUCUAUCCACCCCCACCUCAGCCCCUAAUUCGCUACAGCCCUGAUGCUGGUUGGGGUUGACUGGGGGAGGACAACCCAUUGACUCAUUGACAUGAUUCAAGCUCUUGACAGACAUACCCUUGUGUCCUGGACAGAGAGACUUUGAACAGACUUUGUGGUCAUCCGUAGACUGUCAUCAACGGCCAGGUGGGGUUACUGCCUCCGAGGGGUCCUGCAAGGCCUGGAACGGCCAUGGACCCUCACAGUUCUUUCAGAGUUGUGUUAUGGUUCUUGUGCUAGGUGAUGUGUUGCGGGCGGCACGACCAAAGUAAAUGUGUCUGAAAUGGAAGUAUGGUGUCACUCAUCCAACAAGCAUAAUACCUUUACAGAGAGGAUGUGACAUCACCGUCAGAGGAUGUGAUGUCACGGAUUAGUUAAAAGAGAAUCUAUAGGGGAGGGGGGCUUCUGAUAAGAGAGAAGGUUGGUGUGUGGGUGUGAUGAAUGGUUGAUUAAUUUCAUGCACUGGCUCCCAGCUGCAAUAUAGUGUGUAUAUACUAUAUCCUGCAUCUGUUCAUGUUGCUUUUUCCUGUUUCCUCUCUCUCUCUCUGUGUGUGUGUGUGUGUGUGUGUGUGUGUGUGUGUGUGUGUGUGUGUGUGUGUGUGUGUGUGUGUGUGUGUGUGUGUGUGUGUGUGUGUGUGUGUGUGUGUGUGUGUGUGUGUGUGUGUACUCGUGCACAAGUGUUUUUAUCCUGUUACAGCGGAGGCAAUGUCCACGACAUUGUUUUCAGGAAGAUACUGUAUUUUUCGACGGACGGAUGGAUAAUAUGGGCUAAUAGUUGUGUGAAUGUAUUGAAAAUAUGCAAUAUCUGAGUUUGUAUUGAUAAGUGGGGUAUGGUGAGUUGAUAGUUGGUUAAAUGGCAUUAGGGAAAGCUAGUAUAGAGUGGGUUUAAAGGAUGGAACAGAAGCAAAAUGGUGGCUGGAACACCAAUUGGUUGAGAGGGUUAAAGUCGCCCCCAAAACUAAAAUGGAGACUUAGAUUCUGAUGGACCAAGCUUAAAGAAAGCAGACAGUCACAGAACAUUUUGAUUGAUUCCACUGCUUAAAAGAGCAUCGAGAAUACACAACAAUCAACAGGGCUAGGAUUCCAAAAUGGCCGCCAUUUGUAGGCUAAACGUUGAUGGAAGGAACACUUCAGGUUGUUACUUUUGUAGUACGAUGUACAAGAGCAGUCAAGGUGGUCUUCUGCUUCACAGAAGAAAAACCUGGGGGGAAAGAAAUAGAAAAGAAGAGAAGAAAUGAAUAGAAAACAAAGAAAAGAGAAGGUCCUUUUAUAAAGGUGUGGGAUUUUACAGGUUUUACUGUAAAUAGAGGAGGAGACAGUGCAGGGAAUGUCUGUCUGUCUGUCUGUAAGUCUGUCUGUCUGUAAGUCUGUCUGUCUGUCUGUCUGUCUGUCUGUCUGUCUGUCUGUCUGUCUGUCUGUCUGUCUGUCUGUCUGUCUGUCUGUCUGUCUGUCUGUCUGUCUGUCUGUCUGUCUGUCUGUCUGUCUGUCUGUCUGUCUGUCUGUCUGUCUGUCUGUCUGUCUGUCUGUCUGUCUGUCUGUCUGUCUGUCUAACCUGUCUGUCUGUCACCUGUCUGUCUGUCUGUUGUCUGUCUGUCUGUCUGUCUGUCUGUCUGUCUGUCUGUCUGUCUGUCUGUGUUACCUUAAAUGAAGUAUAAGACUAAUAGUAACAAGUACACCUUCAUCCGGGCCGGAUUUGGGCCCCGUGUUAAAACCUAUACGUUCUCUGUUCAGUGUGUGACUCAUUUGCUAAGUGUUGUGUUGUAUUGUUAAACGUGUGUGUACA